UCUAUGUGAAAGGCUUGAAUUUGAUAGUAUAUCUGAUGAUACUCUAUUCACAUAUUUUACAUUUUUUAACAAAUUUUGCAUGAAUUUUAUUGUGAGGAUAAUUUCAAAAGAAGGUUCGCUUCCUGCUGCAAAUUCUGAUUGGAUACUUAAUGUCUUGACAAAAUUAAAGAUAUCAGUUUCAUUCUUUAACUUAUUCAAAUUAGAACAAAUUAUUCAAAUGCAAUAUCAAAAGUCCUUUCAACUUUUAAUUGAGAACAAUAAAAUCUUAAAUUUUCAGUCAAUCAAAGACACAUUGAAUGAUAAAGUAAACUCCAUGAUAAAAUAUUGGAGUAAACAUUUUAAUCAACAAUCUGUUCAACAAAUUAUGAACAUAUUUUUAAACGAAGAUGAAUAUAAUGAUUAUAAUAAUUUUCAUGUAAUAGCUCAUAAAAUCAUUGAUGAGUAUAGUAAGAAUUAUAAGGAAACUGAAAAAUUUAACCAUGGAUCUGAGAAAAUUAAUAAAAAUCAUGGAUCAGAGGAAAUUAUUAAAUAUCUUGGAUCCGAGGAAAUUAAUGAAAACUAUAGAUCAGAGAAAAUUAAUGAAAAAAAUUUUGGGGUCGAAUAUAUAAAUGAAAACCAUGGAUCUGAGUUAGUUAAUGAAAAAAAUCUUGGCAUCGAGAAAAUUAAUGAAAAUCAUGAAUCCGAGAGUAUCAAGGAAUAG